GAUUUCUGAGUUCAAUUCUCAAUUUUGACUUCAUCACUCACUUUAUCGUAAUGCACAACAUUCACCAUUUUUCCCUUUUCUAAUUUAUUCUCCAUUGUUAGGGUUUUCAAAUCAUGAUUUCGGUUUUUUUUUUUAUUUGACUCUAAUUGUAUUAAAUUUGUUGAUCGAUUAUGCAAUUGAGACUAUGAGUAAUUGCAUUUGUGUUGUAAAAUCACUGUUAGGGUUUUUUAUCAGUCCAUAAUUGGGGAUUUUGUUAUACUCUUCAAAAUUGGGGAUUUUGUGGUUAUUUUGUGAUGUUAUUUGUUGAUACUAUUAUCAUAUAUAAAAAAAUGGGGUGUUUUAUAUACCUCUUUUGUGUCAAGAUUUGUGUUGUGAUGUGCCUAUGGUUACUGUAUUUCAACAAAUUCUUUGAUACAAAUAAUAUAUAAGUCAUGACCACAUAAUCCCUCAAGAUGUGGAUGUGUUUACCGUUAAUUUGCUAUACAGAAAGAUUUAACGGCGCAACUUGUUUUCCAUAUACCUUUCGUUCGUGUGUAAUUUAUCUUGAAUAUAUAUAUACAAAUUUCAGUUAAAUUAUAAAAGUGUUUACAGUUAUUAUACUGUGAAGAAUGUAGUAGUUUUACUGAUGUAUUUUCCUUGAUUAAUAUGUUUUUUUAUGAUGAUAAUUUGGUUUUUGCAUGAUCUCUUAGCAGUGAUGGUUGCGAGAUUUGUGAAAAUGUGCGCGGUCCCGGAUUUGGAGCUAAAUAGCCGAUUAGAGAAUAUAAAUGCACCUGAAUUUUUGGGAGUAGAAAAAUGUGGGGGUGAUGAUUGUGGCAGGGAAACGAUACCAAUUGAACGAGUUUCUCUGUGCAAUGGAAAUGAGGAUGUAGAAGUUAAUAUCACUGAGUGCAAACAUUCUGGCAAAGCUGUGGUGGUGCAAGAUUUGUUUGAGGAUCUUACUGUGAGUUCUAGUUCUAGCUCCUUUGGUGAUACCGGAUCAGGCUCAGAGAAUGCGGUAGCUGCUUCGUUUGGUGAUCAAGAAGUUGAAUCGCAAAUGUGUGCUGACGGUGCAUCCUCCUCAAUGUGUGAUGAUUGGCAUGAAUCACUCCGAAAAAGAAAGAGAAGGGCGACGACAGAUCAUUGGAAGAGGUUCAUAAGCCCAAUUACACGGCGCUGUAAGUGGGUUGAGUUACAACUGAAACAACUUCAGUCUCAAGCAAAUAAAUAUGAAGAAGAGCUUGCGGCACUCAAUCAUACAAAGGAGCAUGAUUUUGUACACUUAACAUUAGAUGGAACUAACAUCAAAUCAGUACCUAUUUCUGGUCGGAUGCAUAGGAAUAAAGUAAUGAAGAGGAAAAGACGAGAAAGAGUUGAAGAGAAGUGCGAUUUAGCAUCAUACAUGUCUAACCACACUUUACUCUCCUACUAUGAGAAGAAAGCAGAUCAUAACGUUGAUGUUGAUUUGGAAGAUUGUCAAGAAGUUGCCGUAGGUGGCGACAUUGAAAAUUUGGUGGAGUUCACGUCUUCCGAUGAUUUGUGGUAUCCCGUAGAUUGUUAUGAUAAUGACAUGUCCUGGGAGGCCACCAUUCAAAAGCUUACAGCUAUACAGUCUCAAGUUCAAAAUUUGAAAAGUAGAUAUGACAAAGUGAUUAGUGAAAAUCCAGGAAGGUUUUGUUUUGUAAAUCAAUUGAGCGCACUCGAACCAUCUGAUGGACUUAAUCAUUCCGAUUUAAAGCCUGGUUCUCCUGCUGGAAAUGCAUCAUCAGGUGAUGAUAGGAUAGUUCCCUUUAUUGAAGACACUGAUAGGCCUGAAGUGGAUGAUCUACGAGACAAUGUAGCCAAGGAAGAAUUGCAUGAAUUAGAAAAUGUUGGAAAUCAACUUGUAAAGAAAAUCGAAUCAAUUGAAGAGAAUGUAGCAAUUUCCGAGUUUCAAGUGUCAGAACCUAAGGCCUCUGUGUAUGCUGUGCAUUAUACUUUGAGACCAUGUUCUACAUUGACGUCAAAUAUACCUUGGAACAAAGGAAAAGGAAAAAAAUCUGGUUCAAAGCGGAAGAGGAUAUCUGUGAGAAAAGUGUAAAUCCCGAGCACGUGUUCCGCUCUUUUGCAACAUGAUGUUGAUAUUCUUUAGUCAUGAAAAACCAUUUCUUGUCGGAAUUAUUGCGCUAUACCUUCUUUCCCUUUGACAUGUUUCGAAAUGAAGGUUAUGCUCAUUCGAAGAAAUACAAUUUUGGUCGCAUUAGUCUAUAAAGUGUAAAGUUAAUACUUGCUCAAUAAUUUAAAGUUCACAAUUACUUAACAUUUCACAAUCACAAGCAAUUCGAGAUUAGUCAUACUAUUACAUUACAUUAAGAAUGAAAAUUAAAUAGGAUGCAUUUUCUUG